UUAGAGAUUGCAGUUAAACUGUGAGUAACUAACAAACGGGAGUUUUGCACCUACCUCUAAACAAGAACAGCCCUUCUCUAUCUGGACAUGAUUGGCAGUCAGAACUGCUAUUAGAGGUUUGAGGGCCUGAUACCAUCAUGAAGAUACUUACGGUUACAUUGAUGCUCCUUGUGGUUAAAGGCACCGAGGGUGCUGUCAUCCCCAAGAAUGAAUCUGAAUCGAACAAUCCCGUACAUUGGCAGCAACUUUAUUGGGACAUAUCUAACAUAGGGAAUGACUUAGCUAAUAUUGGUUUGGGCGCCUUGGCAGACACUGAGAUUGGCAGAUCAAUUAGGGCAAACCUAACCAAUAUCGAAAAACUUCUCAAUGGCUUGAUUGAAAGUUCAGUAAGCCGAGUAUCUUCAUUUGGAAAAGGGCUUUCGUGGAAUGGGGCCUCCAUCACUCACCUUGUUAUAAAUGAGACCGCUUUGAUCCACAAAAAGCUGAUGCGCACUGGUGAACAGCUACAGGAAGCAAUUGGCAACAAAACAAUUGCAGACGUUCACAAGAAACUGGAGAAGUUUCACAAAGACCUCCGACACUAUGGUCUAAACCAGACCCAAAUAACUAAAAGUGUGGAUAAGGUAUACCACGGUGUCACCCACCUAUUGGAAGAGAACCGCAACAACACCAAUCCUUACACUAGAAACAUGAUUAAACAAGUUCAAGGAGUGAGGGAUUACUUUACAAGUGUGGCUGAAAUGCUGAAGGAGGGAUUAAACAUAUUAGUGAAACUGAGUGCAGGAUCAACCACUGCAUGA